UCCAUAUUUUUUUUUUAUUCAUGGAAGAACUCUCAAGAUUAGAGUAUUUAUCAUUAGUUUCAAAAAUAUGUACUGAACUUGAAAAUAAUAUUGGGAUUAACGAUAAAGAUUUAGCUGAAUAUGUUAUUCAUUUAUUUGGUAAAAGUUCAUCACUUCAAAAUUUUAAAAAAUUGUUAGAUGAAAAUGGUGCAGAAUUUUCAGAUUCUUUUACGGCGAAUUUAUACAGAAUAAUUAACACAAUGAAAAUAGACAUAGCAAAUAAUAAAGUUCAAGAUAAAUUGAACAAUCCAGACCAAAAUGGAGAUUUCAAAAAAGAAUUAUUAAAGAAAACGUUUCCUGCAUUAUGCAUUCCUAAUGAUCCUAAAGUUAGGACAAUGUUAGAAAAGGAAUUGAAAAAAGAUUCUAAUAUAGCAAAUGCAAUGUUAGAAGACUUAGAAAGUCUAACAAAAGAUCAAACAGAUAUAAAGAAAGAUUCUGAUGAUAAUGAAUCUAGACAUAAAGAUCAUAAGAAUAAAAGACACAAAAGGCAUCGUAGUAGGUCAAAAUCAAAUACUCGCUCAAAGUCUAGGAGUCCUUCUCAUAGGGCAAGAAGUCGGGAUAAACACUCCUCAUCUCGUCAACAAAAACGGUCUCCAACGAAGACAAAAGAAAAAGAACCUUUUGAUCACAGAAAAAGAAGACCAGAUCAACCAACAAUUCCAGAAGUCGGGAAUAUAUAUGAAGGCCGGAUAGCCAAUAUAGUCACCUUUGGUUGUUUCGUUCAGCUCGAGGGAUUCAGAACGAAAAUGGAUGGUCUUGUCCAUAUUUCUCAAAUCAGGAGUGAAGGUAAAGUCCAUAAUGUAGCGGAGGUAGUAACCCGGGGACAAAAGGUGAAAGUUAAAGUGAUAUCUCUCGUUGGACAAAAAAUCAGCUUAUCUAUAAAGGACGUAAAUCAACAAACAGGUGAGGAUCUAAAUCCCACUUCUAUAAGCUCUCGUCUCGAAUAUGACCACGUGGACAUAGAAGGCAAUAAUAUGAGCCGGAAUCCAGAUAAACCGGUAUCGGACACGGCUCAAAAGAACGAUAGGAAAGGAGAUCAUUCAUUUUUGGGGGCCGACAAGGGCUCCUUCCUUAGUGGUAGAAAAAAGGCCAAAAGAAUAGCCAGCCCAGAAAAGUGGGAAAUUAAGCAGAUGAUAGCCGCAAAUGUGCUGGACGUGUCGGAAUACCCAGAUUUUGACGAAGAAACCGGUUUGCUUACCCGCUCUGCUCUCCGCGGUGGUCUUACAGAGCCUGGUGGGGGUGGAGGGGAUGAUGACGACGGAGAUGAGGAUGUAGAGAUCGAGUUAGCAGAUGACGAACCCGCCUUUCUUAGGGGCUACGGCAAGCGGAAAGGAGGAAUGGAGGCACUGAUGGAACCGGUUAAAGUUGUCAAGAACCCUGACGGUUCUUUAGCUCAAGCAGCGAUGAUGCAAAACGCGCUUGCCAAAGAGAGAAAAGAAAUCAAACAACAAGUCAGGGAAUCAGAAUUGGGCUUAGGGGCUGGCUCCUCUCUAUCUAGUUUCGGCAAGGAAUGGCAAGACCCAUUUUCCGUUAAUCCUUCGAUAAACUCCACAUCUGGAUCUGGUGGCUCUAACGUCAAUAUGCAAAACGACAUGCCCGAAUGGAAACGUUACAUAGCUGGCGGAAAACAGCGUUCCUUCAUCAAAAAGGAACCCGCUUCAAUUUUGGAACAGAGACAAAAUUUGCCCAUCUACAAACUCAAAGAGCAACUCAUUCAAGCUAUCAUGGAGAAUCACAUGCUCAUAGUUAUAGGGGAAACCGGCUCGGGCAAAACUACACAGAUAACCCAAUACCUAGCAGAGGCUGGAUUUACUGUUAGGGGUAAAAUAGGAUGCACCCAACCCAGGAGAGUAGCCGCUAUGUCUGUAGCAAAGAGGGUGUCCGAGGAGUUUGGUUGCCGACUUGGUCAGGAGGUUGGUUAUACGAUCCGGUUCGAAGACUGUACCUGUCCCGAAACACUAAUAAAAUACAUGACGGAUGGUAUGCUACUCAGGGAGUGCUUAUUAGAUCCUGACUUAUCCUCCUACUCCGUCAUCAUGCUGGACGAAGCUCACGAAAGAACAAUUCAUACAGAUGUAUUGUUUGGGCUACUUAAGCAAGCAAUCAAAAAGCGACCCGAAAUGAAACUUAUUGUAACAUCUGCUACGCUUGAUGCCGUUAAAUUUUCGUCCUAUUUCUACGAAGCCCCCAUUUUUACCAUUCCAGGCCGGACUUUCGGUGUCGAAAUUUUAUAUACCAACGAACCGGAAACUGAUUAUCUAGACGCUUCGCUCAUCACCGUAAUGCAAAUCCAUUUGACUGAACCUCCUGGCGAUAUUCUUCUCUUUUUGACAGGCCAGGAAGAAAUAGACACUGCUUGCGAAAUUCUCUAUGAACGGAUGAAAUCCUUGGGCCCCGAUGUUCCGGAGCUAAUCAUUUUGCCAGUAUACAGUGCUUUACCAAGUGAAAUGCAAACACGCAUAUUCGAUCCCGCCCCACCCGGUUCCCGCAAAGUUGUUAUAGCUACCAACAUAGCUGAAACCUCCCUAACUAUAGAUGGUAUAUAUUAUGUGGUAGAUCCUGGUUUUGUUAAACAGAAGGUCUACAACCCUAAAACAGGAAUGGAUUCUCUUGUGGUUGUGCCUAUAUCUCAGGCUCAAGCUAAACAAAGAUCAGGUCGGGCUGGUAGAACUGGGCCUGGCAAAUGUUAUAGGCUUUACACUGAAAGGGCAUACCGGGAUGAAAUGCUUUCAACACCAGUUCCAGAAAUACAAAGAACCAAUUUAGCUAGCACCACUCUCCAACUCAAGGCUAUGGGAAUCAAUGAUUUGCUAAAUUUUGAUUUCAUGGAUGCGCCACCCUCCGAGGCCCUGCUAAUGGCACUUGAACAGUUGCACUCUCUCAGUGCCCUAGAUGACGAGGGACUACUCACCCGCCUUGGAAGGCGGAUGGCGGAAUUCCCAUUGGAACCUCAACUAUCUAAAAUGUUGAUAAUGUCGGUUCAUUUAGGGUGUUCUGAUGAAAUCUUGACAAUCGUUUCAAUGCUGUCCGUGCAAAAUGUCUUUUAUCGUCCUAAAGAGAAAUAUCAGCUGGCCGACCAGAGAAAGGCUAAGUUUCAUCAAUCCGAGGGUGAUCACUUAACCCUCCUUGCUGUUUACAAUUGCUGGAAAAACAACAAAUUCAGCCAGGCUUGGUGUUAUGAAAAUUUUGUCCAAUGCAGGAGUCUCAAAAGAGCACAAGACAUUAGGAAACAGUUACUGGGCAUAAUGGACAGACAUAAAUUGGAUGUUAUAUCCUGCGGCAAAAGUGCUUCACAAGUUCAAAAAUGCAUUCUCAGUGGGUUUUUUCGAAACGCCGCCAAAAAGGACCCUCAAGAAGGCUUCCGAACACUCGUAGACCACCAAACCGUUUACAUACACCCAUCGAGUGCUUUGUUUAACAAUCAACCAGAAUGGGUCGUUUAUCAUGAAUUAGUACUGACAACCAAAGAAUAUAUGAGGGAAGUUUGUAUGAUCGAUCCAAAAUGGCUAAUUGAAUUUGCUCCAUCAUUUUUCAAAUUGGCGCCCCCUACCAAACUAAGUAAGCACAAGAAACACUUACGACUUGAGCCUCUAUUUAAUAAAUAUGAAACGCCUAACUCCUGGAGAAUAUCUCGAACCAGAAGAAGAAAAUAAGCCUUCACUAUGUUUGUUUAAUAUAUAUUUAUCGAAAAAAUGUAGUGUAGAUAUUGAUAAAUUGGUAUUGUAUGUCAGUUCAAAUAUUUUUGUUGAGAUAAAAUUUUACUGGCAUAUUUUGGGGUGGUAAU